AUGACGAAGCUGGGUGCGGUGUCACGCGCUGAGACCGAACGCGUCUCGGGGAAGGUGGCUCAGGUGCACGUCCACCCUCAGGACCCUCGCCUCAUUGCUGUCGAGGUAGAUCAUAUGGAUCAUCAGGUCCAUUUCUACGACAUGCGCGAAGGGGGCUUCGCGCGCAAACCUUGGCUCGAAUUUGGAUAUCGUGCUACCCCUCCGAAAGCAAACAGUGCGAGUCCAAACCUGAACGCGACAGCCGCGCGCCCGGCAGUCGCGAGUCAAGCUAGCGCGAAUGCCAACGCCUCGCGGUCUGCAAGCAGCGCACCCGUCGCGAGAUCGGGGUCCCGGUACACCCGCGGGUCGACCAUGAACUCCCUCUUCGCGCGCGGCUACGGCGAUGGUGCCGUCCUCGUGUGGGACUAUCGAAACGGUGCUCAGAAGAAGGUCCUGGAGCGCUUCCAAUUCCAGCGGCCAGCCGAAGUCGUGCACACCGUCCUGGCGGGCUCCGAUGUCAUCGCGUAUGGAGGGUACACCCUAACAUUUUGGAGCAUGCUCGCUGCCGAUAGUUGA